AUGACUUCAUCCAAACCUACUAUUCUUUUCAUCCCCGGAGCUUGGCAUCUUCCCGAUGUCUUUGAUGACACUCGGGCCGUCCUGGCCGCUCGUGGCUUUCAUAGUGUGGCCGUGGGACUCCCAGCUAUUGGGGCAGAGCCUCCAACCAAGGGCCUCGUAGACGACACAGUCGCCGUGCAUAACGAGAUCGAGAGAUUAUCUGACGAGGGCAAUCAAAUUGUGGUUGUGGCACAUUCAUAUGGAGGUAUGGUUGGAGCCGGCGCAGUGAAAGGACUUGGAUAUACCGAAAGGCAGAAGGCAGGCAAGGACGGUGGAGUCAUUAUGCUGGUAUAUAUGGCUGCAUUUGUUGCCAAGUCAGGAACCAGCCUGUUGGAUAUGCUUGGAGGAAAAUGGCUACCAUGGAUGAAACUUGAUGGCGACUAUUGCCGAGCCGAAGCGGCACCAGAGAUUUGCUAUAAUGACCCCUCCCCGCAGGAUCAGGAGAAAUGGAGCUCUAGGACUGUGCACACUUCGCGCGCUGUGUUUGAGGAUAUAGUCGCUCACGAGCCUUGGCAUGACCUGGCCUGCAUGUACCUCUUCUGUGAAGAUGAUAAGGCAAUUCCUUUGGCAGUUCAGGAGUCUAUGGCUAGCUUGCUCGUCGAGUACAGUCAGUUUAGAUGCUCGAGCUCCUAUUCUCCAUUCUUGAGCAUGCCUGACAAGGUUGCUGAAGCCUGUGAACUGGCUGCAAAGAUUGGCCGUGAAAAAUGCGAAAGCAGGAAACUAUAG